GUGAUUCACUGCCAGGCCUUCAGUACGUGCUAAACCACAGUCCGAAGAUGAACCCUCCGUCCUACGACGCCGCAACAAGCGAAAAGGGCCAACAGCCGGGCGUGUACCCUCCCACCGGCGAAUUCGGUGCUGGACCGCCUUCGCAGCCUCCGCUGCCCAUCGGCUUUCAGUAUCCGCCAAACACCCAGGUCCCGAUUAUACCUCAGCCCGACUAUCCUCCACCUCAGCCCCCAGCACAAGGAGUGGUUAUCACGCAGCAGCCAACCGGGACAACUACUGUCAUCCAUGUUACCAGAGGUCCCCAUAACGCACUGCCACCUGCUUCAUCCCGCUACGAGUGUCCUUCGUGCAAAGAGGACAUCCGCACCAGGGUCGAGUACAAAACAGGAACCAAAACGCACAUAGUGGCCUGUUGCUUGUGCCUUUUCGGCUGCUGGUGCUGUGUACCCAUUCCUUAUUGCUGCUCAAACGACUGCAAGGACGCGCAUCACUACUGCCCGCACUGUGCCGCGUACAUCGGCACCUCGGCUAAAGGAUAAUCUUUGUUACGCUGAAAAUUAAAGACUCAGUGGGUCCACUGA